AUGGACUCUGCUACCAACCAACCUUCUGGCUCCUCUUCGUCAGCUAAUGAUGCAGCGGAGCCUUCUUCAGCACUGUCUGCGUUGCAGGCAAAGAUCUUUUCUGCUUUCGACAGCCUCGUUCAGUACUCUACUACUCUCAAGGCCAAGUUCGGUGGCGAAGCCGAUCCCCGCUUGAUCAGCUUCACCAGCGAUGUCGCCGCUCACCUGCCUACAUCUCUCGAAACCAUCGAAGAUGCUCGCGACCUAAUCCACCAGAAUCUCAACUCGUCUGCUGCAAAUCUGCAAGUUGUACUUUAUUCAGCCACUUCGCUGGCCGACGACAACGACAGCCACAAUGCCCCGGUCACUGGCCAACCAAUUUCAAAGAGUGCUCCGUCUUCUCCCAAGCGCGGCGGUGCCUCGCGCUCUGCCUUCGACACCUACGCCGAUGCCAACGGGCGCCCCCGAGCCUUUCCCACCACAUUCUUCCCCACCCCGCGCAAGCAAGCAGCCUUUCGCUCGCAACACCACGGGACUGGUGCGUCUGCGGGCGGCUCCAGGAGUCACGAUUGGAAGGGGAAAGCCAAGGCCCCCGCCCAAGGAACGGAUGCGCCCCCUGCCGAUGCGGGGGACUUGAACGAAGACGACGACGCGGAGACAGUGGCGCAAGCACUGAGCGCAUUUGAUACCCCAGAUGAAGACUACUUCGCGGCGGGUUCUGAGACAGAGACAGGCAAGGGCAAAGCCAGAGCUAUGAACGUAGAAGAACACGACGACGAAGACAGGGCGGGCCCCUCCGUUGCGAGGGCCGCACGGGCUCGUCCUCCUCGCUCGAAGGUCACUCACGCAGCCGCCGAGGGCUCCGGCCACCGAUCUACCCGACGAGGUGCAUCUGACGCACCCCAAGCACAUGCCCCUCGUGUUCCCUUGAUACCUCCCAUCGGGCGUGGUCUCAGGCGGGCUGCCGCCUUCAAUGAAAAAUCUCACCCUAAAGUCUAUUGGCAGGGCUCAUGGGGUACACCUCCUCCAUCCCCUCCUCCAUCCCCUCCUCCUCCUCCUCCUCCUUCUCCUCCUCCCCCUUCUCCUCCUCUCCCCCCACCACCACCGCCCGUUGCCCCGCAGGUGCCCGUCCAGGCUCGGUCUUCAGCCCUUCAGCCCACUGGCUCUAUGACCAUCCGCACCGCUGUUGGCGUCCCCCUCCGUCGCUCCACCCGCAAUAUCGCAUCCCGCGCAAAUGCCGCCGAGGAACCUAGGCCUGUUGCAUCUUCUUCCAGGCUCCCCGCUGAGCCUGCCGGGAGAGGCACGAAGCGCAGAGCCCAAGAGGACGCAGACACAGACGAGGAUGAGGAUGGUGACGCUGCAGAGGCGUCGCCAAAGAAGAAAGCAAAGCGUACGACGGCCAAGAAGCCCCGUGCUACGAAGCGCACCUCGCGCAAUGUGCCUCCCCUGAAUCUCCCCUCUUCGAAUGAAAGCUAA